UAUUUACAGCAGGGAGCAACCGGAAUAAGAAGAGCAAUAUUUUUCUGGAAAAAGAAGCCAGUUGUCUGGUCCUGUCCUAGGUUGUACUGUAAUUAUGCCCGUAUUGUGUUCUACUAAGUGCCAUCGGAGAGCUUUUUUAAAGCGUCCAAAAACUGGAGAUGCGUUAUGCAAAGAGUGUUUCUUUUUAGCGUUCGAAACAGAAAUCCAUACCACUAUUCAACAGAGUAAAAUUUUUAAACAAGGAAGUCUAGUAGCUGUUGCUGCAAGUGGAGGGAAAGAUAGUACUGUUUUAGCGCAUGUACUGAAGAUUCUUAACGAAAGAUAUAAAUACGGUAUUGAGUUGAAAUUACUAUCAAUAGAUGAAGGUAUUUCAGGAUAUCGAGAUGACAGUCUUGAAACAGUAAAAAAAAAUCGUGAUGAUUACGAUAUGGAACUUAAGAUUUUGUCUUAUAAAGAACUCUAUAACUGGACUAUGGAUGAAAUUGUUGAUAACAUAGGGGCAUCUAACAAUUGCACAUUUUGUGGAGUAUUCAGAAGACAAGCUUUAGAUCGAGGGGCGCGAUUGCUUGGUGUAGAUUGUAUUGCUACAGGACACAACGCAGACGAUAUAGCCGAAACUGUCUUGAUGAACAUAUUGCGCGGGGACACAUCACGUUUAUGUAGAUGCUGUGAAAUUCAAACAGGUGGAAAUGAACCAAAUUCUGUGCCGCGUGUUAAACCACUGAAAUAUUCAUAUGAAAAAGAAAUUGUAAUGUAUGCACAUUUCAAAAAAAUAGUUUACUUUUCCACUGAAUGUGUUUUUUCCCCGAAUGCAUAUCGGGGCUAUGCAAGAGCGUUCCUAAAAGACCUAGAGAAGGUUAAACCAUCGGCUAUAAUCGAUAUAAUUCAUUCAGGAGAGAAAAUAUCCUUCAAGCAUAGUGUUAAAAAACCUUCUAGAGAUGUGUGUAAACGCUGUGGCUUCAUAUCAUCACAACAACCAUGUAAAGCAUGUGUACUAUUAGAAGGAUUAAAUCGAGGUUUACCAAAAUUAGGAAUAGGAAAAAAAUCAAAAGCAGAUCGAUUAAUUACUGUAAAUUUGGUGAAGAACGAUUUUUAAUACAUAAUGUAUACGCAUAACAAAAUGUGGACAAAGAAAAAUUCUCAGUAUAACAUGACUUCUAUU